UCCGGGUGCCGGUGGGGGCUGCUCUGGAGCGGCGGCGGCGGCAGCUGGAGCCGGGUGCUCGCUCGCCCGCGCGCUUGCUGAGACCGCGCGCGCUGGCCUGGGAGCCCCUCACUGGAUCCGCGAGCGUCGCCCCUCCUGCCCCGAGCUCACCGUCUUCCUCUCGCGCCGCCAGCAGCUGCCCCGGCGCGGGCAGCCGACAGGGCCCCGGGGCUGAAGGUAAAACCCCACGGAAGAAACGUGAAGCUCCCCUGGAAAUCAUUCAAGAGGAAGAUGGAAAGGGCUAUCUAAAAGAGACUGAGAGCUGCGGACCGCAAGACUGGGGCCAGAGGGCUGGCAGCAGAAACCCCUGUUGGGUUGCGCUCUCUCACUGAAAAGUCCCAGUGGCCUUUCUCCUUCCUGCCGAAGGAAGGGAGAGAAGGAGCAGACAUGUCCAUAGCCUUGAAGCAGGUGUUCAACAAGGACAAGACCUUCCGGCCAAAGAGGAAAUUUGAACCUGGCACGCAGAGGUUCGAACUCCACAAACGGGCUCAGGCCUCCCUCAGCUCGGGCGUGGACCUGAAGGCAGCUGUGCAGCUGCCCAGCGGGGAGGACCAGAACGACUGGGUAGCGGUGCACGUGGUGGACUUCUUCAAUCGCAUCAACCUCAUCUACGGCACCAUCUGUGAGUUCUGCACCGAGCGGACCUGCCCUGUGAUGUCAGGGGGCCCCAAGUACGAAUACCGGUGGCAGGAUGACCUCAAGUACAAGAAGCCGACUGCCCUGCCGGCCCCCCAGUACAUGAACCUUCUCAUGGACUGGAUCGAGGUCCAGAUCAACAAUGAAGACAUCUUUCCCACGUGUGUGGGUGUUCCCUUCCCAAAGAACUUCCUGCAGAUCUGCAAGAAGAUCCUCUGCCGCCUCUUCCGGGUCUUCGUCCACGUCUACAUCCACCACUUCGACCGGGUCAUUGUGAUGGGUGCCGAGGCCCAUGUCAACACCUGCUACAAACACUUCUAUUACUUCGUCACGGAGAUGAACCUCAUAGACCGCAAGGAGCUGGAGCCCUUGAAAGAGAUGACGAGCAGGAUGUGUCACUAACGGCCCCAUCUUACCCUCCGGAAGAAAGAGGAAAGCUGUUUUCCUCCUGGCGGCCCAGGCGGGCAGGAGGGAGACUUCCCAGGCUGGAGAGGCGCGCCUAUUGCCAGGAACAGGCCCAGCUGGAGACCAGCGGUGACUCCGGAGAGUGGUUCCCUGCUCACCUCAUGUGCUCUCAACCCUCUGAGUGCUGCUAGCGUGACCUGUGGACCCGCCAGGAGGGAAGGACCACCCCUCGCCCAUCCUGGAGAAAGGAUGCCCCUGCACUUAACACGCACAGCGCAGUUGUGCAGUUCUGCCUGUGACCUGACACCUAAGCUUUGCUGAAAUUCAGGUUUUGCGCCCAAGGUCCUUAUUCUACUUACUUACCUGUCUCCUCAGCCAGCUGCCUUUUCUGUAACGUGUGUUCUAAGUACCCAGUGAAUUUUGGAACUCUGGAUGUACAACCAGUUUUUCUCUAACAAGUCUUCUUGUGCCGUCUUGGCAGACUUUGGCCCCUGAUGCUGUGGUCUCGGCUGGGAGGUGUGACGCCCGCCGGCUCACAGCAUCCGCGCAAUUUCUCCCCAUAAGCAGUUUUACCAGGGACCAUUCCACGGGGCGGUUUGUCACUGCCCCAAACAGGGUCUGCACUCUUUCACUGUGGGGACGAGACUGGUCUCUAGCCUAAGGCUGGCUAGUUACCAGUUCACCCUGAACAGAGUAUCUUUAAAAAAAAAAAAAAAAAACCACGCCAUUCCUUGUCUCUUCCGGUCAAGAUUUUUUUUUCCUGUUUCUCCGAAGAGAGAAAUAAAGGAAGUUAUAAAUGACCAAGAAUGAUCAGCAGAAGCACUGAGCCAGAUUAGUGCAGUGUUUGUUCGUUAUUAAAGGGUGUGGUGCCUGUCUCAACGUAAUACUGAGAUUUCAGUUGGGGGUAGGGGGAAGAAAAGUACAAUGGGUAAUUUGAUGCCUGUAGCUCAGACAUCCAGCCCAUUGACUUGUUGUCUUCCCAACCGGCCCUCUGAGCUUCUAGAUCCAGUCGUUGUUUUCUUCCUGUUCCUCCGCACCCCCACCUCCUCCGCCUGCAUUUGACAUUACAAAACAAAGUUAAUUUCUGCCCGGGUGAUGCUCCUGCCAUGGUUGCCAAGGUAACAGGCAAGCUGGAGCCGUCUUCCUUCUUCCAUCCUUGCCGAUGUUUGGAUCCCAGCAGACAGACUCAUUCUGUGCUGCAGCCUGCCUUUUGAAAGCUACCUGACUUCGCUGAAGUAAUGUUGCCUUCACUGAUCCAUUAGCAAAACUGUGGUGGUCCCAAGAGUCUGUAACUAGGGGGUGAUGAUACUUCCGGUGAUCAUUUGAAUUUGACAAAAUAGCAGUUGGUGGAGGGAAGUAGAUGAGAAUGUAUUAGUGAAUUUUAAUGUAAUACUGAUUAAAGAAUAACUUAACAACUCUGACUUUGUCUCAUUACAUGUGACAUGUGAAAGCCAUCUGGGGCUGCCACAAGAGCCUGGAAAGGCAUGAAACCUUUUUUUGGUCCAAACUAAGAAAGGACUGACUCUCUGGGCACUGUGGCAUUCUUUGUUGACCUAACCCAGCAAACCAACCCUUGCUUUGUAUUUUGUCAAAUGCCGUCUCAUGGAAUUCAAAUGCUGCUACCUCUCUUCAUAUUGUGUUCUGAUCAAGAACAAACAUACCAUUUUUUGGUUUGGUUUUGUUUGCUUCCUGAGUAACUUUGAGAGGACAAGAUAGAGAUUUUUUCAGCAUCAUUUCUGGUUUAAAGGAUCCAGAGAACAGACAAAUGAGCCCAUCUUCCUGACCUAUGCGCUAUGCAGUAAGUGCCACAUGGGAGUGUUGAGCAGUGGGAUGGAGAAAUGAUAGCACGGAGCCCAGGUCCUGGAAGGAACCCUGAAGUUUGGCACCAAGGAAAACCACAGGAGGUUUGCUUGAAAAAGCUGACAUUUCAAUUAAUGCCUAACCAAGUAGGAUGAUGGACUCUGAAGACUUUUGUUAUGAAUUCUUUCGAAGUUUAUUUUCUAUUAACUGUGCAUAUGAAAUUUCCACUCAAUUAAAAAAAAAUCUGGAUUUUUUUUUAACUUCUUGGAACAAUUUCCUCAUGGUUAUAUUGUUCACUGCACUUCUAGGAAAAGUGCUGGCAAGACACUCUUAUUUUUUAAUUAUAGAUGGUUCCUAUUCCCACAGAACUUUGUUUGGCAAAUUGUGAAGAAAAUCACUACAAGCGAUUUUUUAUGUCUUUGGCUUGACUGCAUCCUGAGAACUUCUCCUGGCAAAUGCAGAUCUGAGUUCCUGUGGCCCUUCAGGCAUCUUCUGCUUUCUGGAUCUGCAGUUGACACCUGGCUUCUUCCUUCUGACCUGGCUGGCUCCCCUCAUUUCCCACUAUUAUUUUAAAGUUGAGUAAUAAAUACAUGCAUCUAUGAUUUUUUUUUUUUUUUGAGAAAUGUCAAAGUGGGAACUUCAAAAGGAAAAGAUUACAGUGACAUCCAUAUACCCACAGUUGUCAAUCUCUUUAGUUAAUGGAUUAGAGUCCUUCUUUUAUGUAUGUUUGGGGUCUGUGUGUGUGUGUGUGCGCGCGCGCGCAAGUAUGUGGGGGUUUCAUGGCGCUGACAUUAUUAAAGAGUUCAAACUGCUUUGAACUCCAGAAUGUCCCACAGUCUGGAAUUUUUUUCUGGUUUCCUCAUUAUUAGAUUCUGUUAAACAUUUUUAGCCAGAACACUACGUAAGUGGUAUUGUUUCUUUCCUUCUGCAUCACACCAGGAAGCAUGUAAUGUUCUGUUGUCUCUUUUUAUGAUAAAUACUAAGCUUGAUCAGUGGGGGAGGUGUCAUCUGGCUGAUGCAUUCAUCAUGAAGUUCCAUAAUUCAUCAUAAACCUCUGAAAUUUAAUAUUCAUACGUUUUAUAGAGUGUGAGACUGCUUUCCUUUCUUAAUGUUCCAAAGAGGUCGAGAAGUUCCAAAAGAUUACAGCCAUUGCAGUUAGAUGUUGUCGCAGUGACAAAGAAUUCAUCUCUUCCUGUGUCACAGAGGGAAGGAGAAGCUAAAAGUUUCCUUCUGCAGGCAGUGCACGAGUAUGCUGGUUAGUGAGAAUUUGUUGUGGUCCCUGGAGCCGUAGUUAAAAUAUAUAUAUCUUUUUUCUGCGAAUCCUCAGUGACCUCCCAUUCAGACUGAUGGUUUAUUUUAGAGAGCACGUAUUUUCAUGAAAGGUGAUUGCCCAAGAGUGCAAAAACUGAUUUAGGUGGGGAGGAAAUCUUAGAUAUUACACUGAGUCAUGGCCCUCCCAAGGAGCCACAGUAUGUGCACAGAUAUAAAGUAUGUGUUUAGUAUUAAAAUUUCAUGGGGAUGGGGAAUGAUUAGGAAUAGAAUGUCUAAAAGGGCUCUUUAGGCAGAUGGUAGUGAAAAAAAUAGAUUGAGAAAUACUCAUCUGGGGUCAGUUUCUGCUUCUGAAACUGUUCAUUCUCUUCCUGGGGUGUUUGCUCAUUUCUGAGGGCCAGGAUAAGAGGAAGUGACUUUGAGGGUUUUUUUUUUUUUUUUAGCUAUUCCUUCUACAGCCUUCCAAACCAUAUCAGUUUGGAAGGUUUUUGGUAGGUUUUUCCAGGUGAAAAACCCAUUCUCCUCUCAACAGUCUUCAGGCACAGAAACCCUGCAGCAUCCUCUGGUGUAACCCUCAGAUCAUAUUCCAUGUGAAACCUUUCCAUUCAACUGGAGUUAACUAUUAUAUUGUCUCUGAGUUUCAGCUCACCUUUUCUAGUGUCCCACAUUAACAAAUAUCCAAAAACUUUUAAAAGUAAAACAUAAGUAAAAACAUACUAAAUGAGAGCUUUGUUUGCACAUCCACUAAUUAUUUGAAGACUCUUACCAGUUGUCCUUCAGCCUUCCUCGUUUAUCAUCUCCCAUUGGCUGAAUUCUCUUGGAAGUCAUGUUGUGCCAUUGCUAACAUUUCUAUACUUCAAUCUGAAGCCUUCCCAAAGCUGUCUAUGCCACUGUGUGUUAUAGAUAUAACCAGCAGAGAACAUGUAAGAAAUCCCUGCAUGCUUUCUCCAUACUGUACUGUGUCUUUGCUAACUCCUGAUUUGAUUUUAUACAUUUAUAAAUUUUCUAUUAUGUUUGCUCAUACUAAAUCCUUAUUUAUAUUCUGCAACACCAUUUUGUCCGAUCUUCUUUAAUGUCCUACUGUUAGCCUUCUUUGUAAGAUUACACUGAGUUGCUUUAAUUCCCUUUUUCAUUGGCGAAGCAUUAGGGGACAUGGAUAAUUUCUCUCAUCAUUUGUGGUGAUUAUGUCAUUCUGGUCAUUGCUGGAAGCAUCACUUCCUAUGGUCUCUACCCUUAUGUCACUUCCACAUCCCAUGGGUAUCACACUGUGAAUAAAAGAAAUAUCAUAGGAAAAGUACAAGAAAUGCGUCCAAAGGCAAAAUCACUGAAAGGAGUCUGAUGUGUCACUUGGAUAACACUGUUGUCCUUUGGUCUUUUUACUUCUUAAUAAAAUAGGUGAUUCUUGAUGAAAUAGGUGAUUCUCUCCUAGAAUUAGCCAAACAAAGCAUGUUUGGGAAAUAAUGGUUUUUUUCCUCUACUUUUAAAAACAUAUCAACAAAAAUAUUUUUAUAACAAGCUAUUCCCUCUGGGGGUUAUUAAUUCUGGACAAGACUUUUUCAAAGAAUAAAUGAGGAUUUCUGUAACUGUUAGAGGGAAGAGUCCAUUUCUAAUCUGACAAUUACGCUGUUUUACUAGCUUUGAGUGUUCUAAUUUCAAAGUUUUUCAGUAUCUUUUCUAAUUGCAUCAAGAAAAAAGAUUUAGCAUAAUUUUAGUUCCAUUUGUGAUUAAGGGUUUGGUUAUAAGAACAAACUAACCAUAAAAAACAAUUAAAAUGGAAAAUAAAACUAAAGGAUAUUUAUGAAAUCAGUUCUUUGUGAGUUUAAGAAUUCAAAUGUCACAAAUAAAAGACACACAGCUGUCA